AGGGCGGGCGGCGCCCGCGCUGACGGGACAAAGCGCGGCCAUGAGCCCGCUGUAGGCCGCUGGGAGCCGCCGCCGCCUCCAGGGAGGGAGGGAGGGGGUUCUGGCCGCGGGUGGAUGCCGGUUGCGGCCGGCCGCGCCCGGCACCAUGCACACCGUGCAGAAGGACACUACCUUCACCAAGAUCUUCGUCGGGGGGCUGCCCUACCACACCACCGACUCCUCCCUCAGGAAGUACUUCGAAGUCUUCGGGGACAUCGAGGAGGCGGUGGUGAUCACCGACCGGCAGACGGGCAAAUCCCGGGGAUACGGCUUUGUGACCAUGGCGGACAGAGCCGCGGCUGAGCGAGCGUGCAAAGACCCCAACCCUAUCAUCGAUGGCAGGAAAGCAAACGUGAACCUGGCGUAUCUGGGAGCAAAGCCGAGGAGUAUUCAAACCGGUUUUACCAUAGGUGUGCAGCAGCUCCACCCAGCCUUCAUCCAGAGACCCUUUGGACUCACGCCUCACUAUGUUUACCCCCAAGCUAUCAUUCAGCCCAGCGUGGUGAUCCCCACCCCCGUGCAGUCCAUCGCAUCUCCCUACAUCGACUACACCGCCGCCAGCCAAGCCUACUCCCAAUACACCACAGCUGCCUAUGACCAGUACCCCUACGCUGCCUCUCCCGCCGCGGGCUUUGUGGGUUACGGCUACACGGGGGCUGUGCAGCCCCCCAUCACCGCCAGCACCCCGGCAGCGCCCGCCACCGCCUUUGUGCAGUACCAGCCCCAGCAGCUGCAGCCCGACCGCAUGCAGUGAGCCCGCCUUGCUGGGACAAGUCCUUUGCAAUGGAAGGAGACAAUUAGGACAACAAAAGCAACGGCAAAAGAGAAAAAGAAAAAAGAAAAAAGAAAAAAGCCACAAAACAAAACCAAGAUGCAAAAAAAAAAACAAAAAAAAAACCCCAAACCAAAACAAACAUAAAAAAAACAAGGAAUAAAAAAGAAGUCGCCCUGACCUGUCUCCCAUUUAUUUAGGUGCAUAUCAAUACCUAAGCUAUUUCUAGUGUUACGGGCAAACCCAAAGCCUUGCAGUCUGACUGUGCUCACCAAGAAGGACUUCGGGUAAGUUGUUUUUCAGUCUGGACAGAUCGCGUCUUGAAGAUGUUCUUAAAGUGACUGAAAUGAUUCACAGGAAAACUGCAGCUCCUCGCACGUGUCGCAGGCUGCUUCCAUCACCCGUGGGCUUCUUUCUGCCCCCCCAGCCCUCCUCAUCGAACCUGCAAUUUUCUUAUUUACUGUUGAGGUACAGAGGUACUCGGAGAACGUGGAGAAAAGCAAUCUUAUUUUUUGGUUGUACAAAAACUUUGUAAUACUCAGAGAUGCCUUACAGAGAAAAAAAAAAAAAAGAAAAAAAAAAAAGAAAA